AUGAUGAAAAAGAAAGAAGCCCACACAAACAUCACGCCUCUCCCAUCCUUCAUUCCGCGCCAACUCGCCCUCGACAUCCUCCACAGCCACAGCGAGAUCAUUACGCUCAACCCUCUCGUACUCUCUCAUCGAGCCAUACCUGCCCCACGCGAUGCCCCGGCCGAAGAAUACUACUCCAGCUGGUACGAAAUAGUCGAACGCAUCCAAGUAGUCCCCGGCACGGGUCGACUCGGGGGUAGCAAAAUCAGUUUCCGAGCGUGUUUCCACGACGUUCCCUGGGGCGUUCAAACACAUGUUUAUGCUCCGAUGGGGAUUGACCUGCGGCAUAACUAUCGCGUUGCGGGCACCCAGCCCGGUGAGCCAGCGGAAUAUCGAGAAUUGGGGAUCAACGCGCCUGCGACAGGCCUCUAUCUGCGCGAAGACAUUGAGAUUCGAUGUAAUUUUGCAAUGGUGGGGUUUGUGAAAAACCAGCUCAAAUCGGCGACCAAGGUGCUUGUUGAUCGGUUGAUUAAGAAGGCUGAAUUAUUGGAUGCUGGUGUAUUGAAAGGAAUGAUGGAGAAUGGGAAGUUGAAAACGAUCAAUCCGGCAGAUAGGUCUGUGGAGGCGCAGCAGCAACAAAACCAGCAACAAGAAGAACAAGAACAAUAUCCUGUAUCGCCGAUUGUGUCGGUGUCCUCGCCUCAGCUGUAUCAAGCGUCUACGCGUGGGUCAAUCUAUCAUCCAGACGAUUACCAACAGCAAACGUACCUUUAUCCAAGUCCUGCAGACAAUCAUAUUCCCGGGAAAUCAUUUGCCACUGAACUCCCAGGUGAUACGAGUCUAGUUCAAAGUCCCACUACAGCCAACCACAAUAAUGCGCGUGACUCGCUUCAAUCUACACUCUCGUAUCCGAGUACAGGUGGCUGGUCGCAUGUAUCCUCUCUAUCGUCAGCAUCGUCGACAACAAACAAACCCUCGUUCCAUAACAGCAGCGCCGAUAAUAAUACAUCACGCCCGAUGUCAACGACAAGUACGAUUGCGCCGUUUGUGCUGGUGGAUAAUAAUUACAAUAAUAGCCACGUCAAUGUCAAGCACCAGUUUGCUGCUGAGCUGCCGGCAAUGGCGGAGAUGCCAGAAGAUAAGUUAUAA